UGCUUGUCCGUGCUGUCCUCGCUAAUAGGGGAAACUUCAACAUAAAAAGGUGUAUUUGGGUUUUUUGACAGUGUGCCCGGUACUUACUUGGUUAGCUGCAGUCCUGCACGGCUACCCAGCGGCUUUUUUUAUGUAUACAUGCAUCCAAAUGGCGCGUAAGAUCGGCGUGUUUCGGCCGCACAUCACACGCGAAGCACCUCCGCGUAGCGCUAUCAGAGCAGGCGCCUCAGCGACGGCGCUAGCUGCCGUAUCCCGGAUCGCUUUAGCCUGCUGCAGUGUAGCCACCCACCCAGACGCAUCUCCACGGCACCUCGUCGUGUCAGAACUUGUGCUUUAAUAGCGCGUUUUAACAACCGACGGACGUCUGGCGUUUCCGACAUGUACACAGUGUGAUUGCUCCUUCAGGUAUUGCCCACGUGUGUGUCACUCCAGAGUGGCAUUGUGGGUAAUGGCUUCAGACCUACUAGUUGAUCUCACAGAUGACCUGAAGGAGGAGGGGAACUUGGAUCAGCUGAAGCUGUCAGCUGAGGAAUGGCUCCAAGAGGAGUCGGAAGACAGGAGCAGGUCCGAAAACAACAUCUCCAGUGAACAAGGGGGAAGUGCAUUGCUACAGUGGGAUGACCCUUACUACGAUAUUGCCAGACACCAAAUUGUGGAGGUGGCAGGUGACGAUAACUAUGGCAGGAAGAUCAUCCUGUUCAGUGCCUGCCGUAUGCCCCCUUGCCAUGAGCUGAACCACCACAGCCUGCUGAACUAUAUGAAGCACACUCUGGACCAGUAUGUGGAGAGUGAUUACACUCUCAUCUACUUUCACUACGGCCUCACCAAAGAGAACAAGCCCUCAUUAGGCUGGUUCACUGAUGUUUACCGGGAAAUUGAGAGAAAAUAUAAGAAGAACAUCAAGGCUCUGUACAUCGUGCAUCCAACCAUGUUAAUCAGGACCUUGUUUUUCCUCUUGAAGCCAUUCAUCAGUCUCAAGUUUGGACGCAAGAUCAACUAUGUCAACUACCUGAGUGAGCUGGAAGACAUCGUGAAGUGUGAGCAGUUGGUGAUACCGGACAUCGUCAGACAGUAUGACGAGAAGAUCAGAGCCUCGCUGAAACCAGCCAGUCAGGGCUCUCAGCUUGCCACACCCCCGGCCCCUCUUCCUCACCAGCAGUUUCGAGUCCCUCUCUCUCUGCUGAGUGAGAGGAAUGCGGAUAAAGAGGGGAUUCCACUGGUGAUGCGAGAGACAGUUGCUUUCUUAAAGGAAUGUGGCCUACAGACAGAGGGAAUCUUCCGCAGGGCUGCCAACGUGACCCUUGUCAAGAGCAUACAGAACAGAUACAAUUCAGGAGAGGUUGUUGACUUAUAUGAGCUGGGCGAUGUCCAUCUUGCUGCUGUCAUCCUCAAGACGUUCCUGAGGGAGCUGCCUGAACCUAUCCUCACAUACCAGCUGUACAACGAUGUAGUUAACUUCUCCAAUGUGGAGAAUAGUUCUCAGGCUGGCGUGAUCUGUGACCUGCUAAAGACGCUCCCCAAGGAGAACUGUACUGCUCUCAAGUUCCUUAUACAAUUUCUGGUACAGGUGUCUGCGCAGAGCGAGGUGAACAAGAUGAACAACAUGAACUUGGCUGUCGUGUUUGGGCCAAACCUUAUGUGGGCCCGGGACGCUGCCAUGACCCUGAGUGCUAUCGGACCCAUCAACAACUUCACACGAAUCCUGCUUGACCGGCACAGUCAGAUCUUUGGCCCAUAGCCACCAAACAGGACUCAAUGAAGCACUUCCUGUUUUUUUUUUUUAUAGCGUCCCUCUCGACCAUCUGACCCUAAAUCCAGCCCGAUCACAGGUGUUGCCCCCUAGUGCCAAAUGUAUUAGUGUGGCUACUUGUGUAUUGUUGUUACUGUACAUAGAACAGAAUGAGCUGGAGGCUGUAUGUUAUAGGGACCAACUUAAGGGCUAAGGGUGAGAAGAGGGAAUUGGACUGCCUUUUUGUAAUUGGUCCCCUCACAUUCCCAAAAGAUGGCUGCAUUAUCGCACGUGGUACAUGCCUUGGUUGUGCUACUUUUAAGAUCGAGGCAAUCAACUGUUCUUGAGUGCCUCCAGUAGGAUACAGGUGCUCUACUCAACGAGACACGUUUAUAUAGAAAAUGAUCAUAAUGGUACAGUGGUACAGACUUUAAAACUGAUUUUUUUUUUUUACAGUACUCUCAUCUGCUAGAAAUGAAGAUCUCAUUUAUAUAAUCUGUUGAUUUUAAAUUGCCUAAUUUCCAAGUGGACAGCAAGAAUUAUCCAAUAUACUGUUGAAAAACACUUAUUUUCACAAUAUUCUGUAAAGGGAAAUUUAGUUUGUGCUCAAUAUUUUGAUUUGAUUCAGUAUGCAAAAUUACAGAAAAAGUUUCCACAGAACAUGACAACGGAAGUGCAACGAAACUUGAAUAAAAUUUGACGGUGUUUUAUUUAGUGAUUUCGUGUGAACUUUUCCAGCAUAUCACAUACAAAUAUUGUAUUCGAUCUGUAUCUUCUUAGUGAUGUAUUUUCCAAAUGGUUCCAGACCCUCCCCAGCACAACAGCUGGAAAAAAAGCACAAAUUCAAAAGUUAAAUAUUUCAACUUGUAGAUUAAUGGUCCGGAACAAUUACACGGUUUAAAAAGUUGUGGUAUUCACCAGAACACAUCUUCCGAGUAAAUCGGACAGGGCAGAACUUCAGGAACCACUCUAUUUUGUUGUCACCUUUGUCAUUUUCUGGCUUCAAAGGACAUUGGAGUUACAGUGCAACCUUAGGUGCUGCAACGUGUAACUUUGCCGUUAUCCAGCUAGCGAAUCGCAUCUCUCAGGUGUUAUGCGCCAGUUCAGAUGUAUUCCUUGUGUUAAAGGCAUGUUGAGGGCUGAGCUCUGUACACGCCUGCUUACACGGUGGAGUACAUGUCAGCAACUGGCCUUUCCCCCUUUCUCCAGAGGCACAUAUUUCACAUACAAUAGCUGCUUAAUUGGCAGGAAAGGCAAUUGGGCCAGUUUUGUUUCAUGCUUGAGAAGAGAUGGAACCUUGCAGUUGAAUGGUACACAUGUAUGAUUACAGUCUUUUGGCAAAGUUGACUUGGGGUCCCAGGUUGCUUUCAGCUCAGGCAUAGCAGACAGCCUAAAUCUUUCAAGGUCCUACCAGUGACUGGUUCAAGUCGGAUACAUUUCUGUAUUAAUUGGAUAAUAGUUGUUUUAGUGUUUUUUUUUUUUUUUUGGACUUUUCCAUGUGCCAAAAUGUUUACUUCUGUACUUAUGAAUUAGUUAUGUUCAUUAUAUGGUUUUGUUUGAAUCUCACUUUUUAAAUAUUUCUUUUGAUGUUUUUGCCUCUUACUAUUUUUGAUAUCCAGUGUUCUGUGCAACGGGGAAGUGGUGAACUUGUCUUUCUAGAAGCUACCUAACUUGUGUGUGUGCCUUGUUCAGCCAUGUGCAUCCUGCCCUCAAACACUCCAUUUUAGCUACCCGAACUCUCCAGAUGUAAGCCAUGCUGUUUUCUAUUUGCUACAGUGGAAAUGCAAUGCUGUGGUUUUUUCCCCUCCUGAAUGACCUCAUUCUAAUGUGGUUUUACCGUGGUCUUGUUUCUUAAGACUCAGGAGUUUUUAUAUUACCUGUCAAAAGUGCAAAUUAUAAUAAAUUGUACUAUACAGUGACAGAA